AUGGUUUACGAAACACUUCCGCAGGAUCUACAUAGGGAGAUUUUAUCAUUUUUGCCUAUGAAAACGUUGGCGAGAUGCCUCUGCGUCUCGAGGCAAUGGGAAUCUCUUAUCCGUGGGGAAGACUUCAAAGAUCUUUACUUGAGCCGAUCGAUGAAAAGGCCUCGACUGAUGUUGGUGGUCACACCGUCUACAUAUCCACCCGAACCUAUGGUGUUCUGUUUUCACUCUGUUUAUCAAGAGGAGGAACCAUUGUUGUCGUCUGGUCAACAACAGAUGCGCAUUGAAAUCCCUGACAGAACAAGUAGCUAUACAGUUUCUCAACCCGUCCGAGGUUUGAUCUGUUUUAUGUUACGAACUAAGGUUGCGGUUUACAAUCCGGGCAUGAAAAGAAUGGUUCAGGAUUUACCGGAGAUCCAAGGAUAUGAUCGUGGAAGGGAUCUCUUACAUUUUUUUCUUGGAUACGAUGUAGCUACGAAUGUUUUCAAGGUGUUAUGUGUAACACGGCCCGGAUAUAGUGAACCAUCUGAGAAAUAUCAGGUUUACACGGUGGGAUCGAGAGAAGAAUCUUGGAGACGGAUCAAAUGCAAGCGUGAUCAUCAACCAUAUACUGAAGGACUAUUUAAAGGAGAAGCUUUGUACUAUGGAGCUCAUGAUACCAAUAGUAACAAAUCUCUGGUCAUGUGCUUCAACUUAAGGUCUGAAACUUUUAGUGUCAUUGAAUUACCUAAUCAAGUUAACUUUUUUCGUCGUGGUUGGGACUUGGUGAAUUACUAUGGGAAAGUUGCCUUAUCUAUUAUCGAUAACCAAGACAAUGGAGUUUUGAGCAUAUGGGUUAGAAAUGCAAUGGGAGAAUGGUCAAGAGAAGAAGACAUUGUGGUUUCUCGUUGGAAAGAAACUAUUGAAACUAAGAGGAGGUUUCGUUUCAAAGGUACCGUUGGAACAAAAGAACUUGUUUUCGCACCAGACGCGUUUGAUCAUGAAUCACCCUAUGUGGUGUAUUACAAUACAGACUCGAAAAAUCUCAGAAGGUUUCAUAUUGAAGUGCUUGAUGUUCCUCCACGUUUAACUAGUGAUUAUGUUCGCGUUCGCACCUUCUUGGAUCAUGUUGAUAGUGCUUGGCUUAUGUGA